AGAACCUGCCUGCAGUUGCGAAUCCAAAGUUUUUUUUAUCUUUUUUGUUUAAUUGAAUACAAUUGUAAAUAAUAUAUUAAUGUAAAUACAAUUUUGAAUCGUCUAUUUGAUAUGGAUGAAAAUGUAGAUUGUUUUGAAAUUUGUAACUUUCAUUUCGUAAAUUAAGUUUUAUUUAUUAUUUUGUUCUUAAAAUGCUGAUGUAGAAAAUUGAAUUGAUACAAAUUCUUUAUUUUGUUUGACUAUAAAACGCAUAAAUAAAAAACCUUACAAAAUGAUGGCUGGAAAAGGUAAAAACAGUAAUGUAUAUUUAUAUUAUUCCUUGUUGAUAGUGCUGUUUACUAAUUUGUGUUUGCCAGCCUCAGAUAAUUCAUAAUAAUUUAUUUCAGUCAUGGAAACUGAGGAACAAAACAGAAUCAGAUUUCAAGUGGAACUUGAAUUUGUGCAGUGCUUAGCCAAUCCUAAUUAUAUUCAUUUUUUAGCACAACGUGGCUAUCUGAAGGAGCAGCCAUUCAUCAACUAUCUGAAGUACCUUCAGUAUUGGCGUGAACCAGAAUAUGCUCGUUAUCUGAAAUACCCUAUGUGUUUGCACUUCCUAGAAUUACUACAACAUGAAGCAUUCAGGAGAGAAUGUGUCUCCGCUCAGGUUUGCAAAUUUAUGGAUGACCAAGCUAUUUUGUUAUGGCAACAUUACACGCGACGGCGUACGCGUACCCUACAACCGCCGGAUGCGCCUGCGCCCCCCGCACCCCCUGCGCCGCCACAACAAGGACAACCAAGGCAACAAUCAUAACUAAGUGCUAAAGUGAACAUUGAGUGAACAGUUAUCUAAAAUGAAAUAUGGAGUAUUGAAGGAAAUUAUUGAAAGUUUAA